AUGCUACUGGCAGCACAGGAGGAGGAGGAAGCAGCAGUGGCAGCAGCAGAGGAGGAGAUUCUGAGCGAGGAGGAGGCGCUAGAUGCACCGGACCCGCGGGCAGCCGUGAACGAGUCCGACCCCGCGGUGCUGCGCGUGAUUGAGGAGCGGCGCAAGCGCAGGGAGGCGGCGCGGCAGAAGUACAAAGAGGAGCUGCUGGCCAUGGUGAACGAGGUGAAGCAGGCGGCUGCUGCGCCGGGCGGGCUGAAAGAGGAGGAGACGGUGGCGGAUGUGUCGAACGUGCCGCUGCAGUACGGCGCCACGGAGAUCACUCAGCUGGGUGAAGUGGUGGGGAAGGGGGGAGGAGGCGAGAAGGCAGGAAACGCGGAUGUGCAAGGGGUGACUGGGGGGCAAAGGGCUGCUGGUGGUGAUUCGAAUGGGGUUGCUUCGGAGGAUGUGCAUGGUCCGUCAACAAAGAAAAGGAGACGAUUACGUUAG